GGGUUGUUUUCAUUUUCAGGUUCAAUGGAUUACUCUUGUGCAGAAGUUUCUCCCCCUGUUCAAGACAAACAAAAUCGAACCACUGAAUCUAUUUUUGACCCUUGUCAUUGGGCAGAAUGUGGUGGAGGUUCAUGUAAUAGAACAUCGAUGUUCACAUAUUCAUGCAAUUGUAGGGAGGGAUAUCUUAAUCUGCUCAACAUCACUACUUUCCCAUGCUAUAAAGAUUGUGCAAUCGGGAUGGAUUGUUUAUCACUUGGCAUUCCUGUUUCAAAUAAAUCAUCAAGUCCGCCGCCACACAUUUUGUCGAACAACAACACAAACCAAGCUAAUUGGAGAUGCACCAAUAAUAUGGCUUGGUUGAUUUCUAUUUUGAUGAUCCUAGGUUCAGUUAUCCUGUGGUAGGAUUAUUUGAGGCCAUUAUAUAUACAUAUAUAUAUAUAUGGAGUCUCUUUGAGUUUUGAUUUAAUGAAUUAUGAUUUAGUGAAGGGCUUAUUUUUCUAUUAGAUGUUUAAAAUAUUACUGUUUUGUUGAUUUGCCUUUGUAAGAUCUUUUGAAGAUGAUCAAUGGGAGAGCCUUUGUGAUUAUUAUA